GUCACAUUGCUAGUUUUUUGGAAAACAGCAUGCUACGUAUAAACACAUCAGGUAUGGGAACAUCCCAGACAGAGCUACUAUCUGUGGGUCAGUCAUCAAGUGACGGGAUGACCCCCUCCCCCACACCUGUACCCCUGAUAGUCUUCUCAGAGUUUCCCCACUAUCACGAUCAAGACAGGACGAAAGAAACGAAGCUGAUAGCGACAUCUGGUGAGGAUGAUGAGUUUACGAUUGAGUUACCAAACUGUAACGAUCACAAUAAAGUGGCAUACAGAACCCCAAAGCUGGUGCGCAAAAACACCAUAGAGCAUAAAAAGAGGAGUCAUUCUGCGGGUAACAUUAACAGAAUACACAAUAUACCAAACCAACCUAAUGAGAAUUCUGCUCCUGGUAAGAAGACCCAAUCCAUUGCAGAUUCUCUGAAAAAUCUCCUUAAAUUAAAAUUCAGAAAAGAAUCGAAAAUCGACUCAGACUCCGGCUCCUCAGAGUAUGCCAUAGAUGAAAAUGGGAAACGUAUUUGGCCACCAGUCAAGAGAAAUUCCUUUAACUUCGUUAAAGCUAUUCCAAGAUUAGAUGAGGCUAAGUAUUUAGAUAAUACAUUAUUUACUACAUUCUCCAUGCCAGAGGCUCUUUCUAGAAGUGAAUACAUCUUGGGAACCUUCUAG